AUGUCACCGUGGACAUCUGACAUCGCCCUCCAGUUGGUGGCAUUGUGUUUAUGGAUAUUCUCCUUUAUCGUGACUUCGGCCUACAAGUCGUCCUUGAUUGCACACCUGACGAUCCCAGUCUUUCCUCCACCAAUCAACAGCUUCCAGGACUUGCUCGACUCCGACGGAGUCACAUGGGGCAGCGAUGUGCUCGAAGGGGCGGAGUUCAUGUACUUCAACUGCAGUCUGGAUCCUGUGGUCAGGGAAUUUCGAUCCAGGUCAGAGAUCGACACAUUGGACAACCAUAUGGACAAGGUCAUGAAAGGUCGCCAUGCAUACCUCGAGUCCCAAAUUUACAUGAGAGACAUCAUCGCUUCCCAGUACACGAGCAGCCUUGGCUAUACCCCUAUCCAUUUCAGUGAGACGCAGUAUCCCACCGCUGGCUACGUUUGGGGUUUCAGGAGAGGCGCCAUAUUCACGGAAGCCCUGACGAGGAUGAGGACUCGACUUAACGAAGGGGGUCUUUUUGACUAUUGGACGAAUGACAUCAUCAACACCAAAGCCUGGAAGACCAGGAGAGACAUCAAGGAAAAGGGAGGUCAGCUGAAGCUCGACGCUGCUGACUUUCGUGGAGAGGACACAGUAACCAAGGAAGUCCUAAGUCUGAACCAUUUACAAGGAUGCUUCUACAUCUUGUUCAUCGGAUAUAUCGUCGCCCUGUUGACACUGACGUUGGAAAUCUGCAUAGGACACCUCAACUAAAACUGAGGAAUAUUCUGCGUAAUAUGGCCAUCAUCCACUUAUGAACGGAUCACAAUAUUCACACAAGACACAUUCCCCACUAGAGUCGGUUUCAAACACGCUCAUGUGUAUGCAUCACCAAAACAUCAUAUCUUC